GGCGGCGCUCAGUUCCCUGUCCGUGGAAGGGAAUGGAGGGGAGUGAAGCCUGCGGGAGUGGGUAGCGGCCGUGGGGACGGGGAUGAGGUGACGGCCGCCAUGGCGAGCGAGGGCGGCAGGAAGCAAUUCUGGAAACGGAGUGGCGCGAAGGUGCCGGGCAGUAUACAACAUGUUUAUGGAGCUCAGCAUCCACCUUUUGAUCCAUUACUGCAUGGAACCUUGACAAAACCAAGUUCAAAGCCACCUACAACUCCAGUGAAACUCAAGAAAGUCAGCACCUUCCAAGAAUUUGAAAGUAACACAAGUGAUGCUUGGGAUCUUGGGGAUGAUGAUGAUGAACUCUUAGCAAUAGCUGCUGAAAACUUAAAUACAGAAGUGGUUAUGGAAACAGCUCACAAAGUAAUUCAGAAUCACAGCAAGCUACAAAAACAGCAUAAAUUUCAGGAAGAGCAUCUGCAGGAAGAAAAACGAAUAGAAUCUGCAGAGCUGACUUCAAUUGCAUGUGGUGAUAAUAGGCUUGUUAAAUCAGUCAGUGAAGGUCAUACAUCAACUUCAUCAGAUAAUGCUAGUGAGACUUCUUCUAUGCAGAGAUCACAGUCCCUUCCACAAACUUCCACACCUCCCUUGGUGAGUGGAAUGGCAGACUCUAAUACCUCAGUUACUCCUGCAUUAACUGAGAGAGAAGCAUCUCGAUUAGACAAAUUUAAUCAGCUACUUGCUGGACCCAAUACAGAUCUUGAAGUAUUGCGGAAAUUGAGUUGGUCUGGCAUUCCCAAACGGGUUCGUCCAAUUGCAUGGAAGCUUCUUUCAGGCUAUCUUCCUGCAAAUGUGGACCGAAGAGAAAGCACUUUACAAAGAAAACGCAAAGAGUAUUUUGCAUUUGUUGAACAAUAUUAUGAUUCCAGAAAUGAUGAAAGUCACCAGGAUACCUAUAGACAGAUCCAUAUAGAUAUCCCACGCAUGAGUCCAGAAGUUUUAAGACUUCAGCCCAAAGUAACAGAGAUCUUUGAAAGAAUUUUGUUUAUCUGGGCAAUACGUCAUCCAGCCAGUGGAUAUGUUCAGGGCAUAAAUGAUCUUGUUACUCCUUUUUUUGUAGUCUUCGUUUGUGAAUAUAUAGAAGAAGAAGAGGUGGAAAAUUUUGAUGUUUCCAGUCUGCCUGAAGAAGUGCUGCAGAACAUAGAAGCUGACAGUUACUGGUGCAUGAGCAAGUUACUUGAUGGCAUUCAGGAUAACUACACGUUUGCACAGCCAGGAAUUCAGAAGAAAGUGAAAAUGUUGGAAGAACUUGUUAGUCGGAUUGAUGAGCAAGUUCAUAGGCACUUGGAUCAGCAUGAGGUGAAAUACUUGCAGUUUGCUUUCCGUUGGAUGAAUAACUUGCUGAUGAGAGAAGUCCCUUUACGGUGUACCAUCAGGUUAUGGGACACAUACCAAUCUGAACCAGAGGGUUUUUCUCAUUUCCACUUGUACGUCUGUGCUGCCUUCCUUGUCAGGUGGAGGAAAGAAAUCCUGGAGGAGAAAGAUUUUCAAGAAUUGCUCAUCUUUUUACAAAAUUUGCCCACAGUACACUGGGGGAAUGAAGAAAUUAGUGUACUCCUAGCAGAGGCCUACAGACUGAAGUUUGCAUUUGCAGAUGCCCCCAAUCAUUACAAGAAAUGAAUGUGAAAGAGACAGAAAUCAUGAAGACCAACGUGUUCUGCAGUAUUAUGACAUCUGUUGUUCUGGUUAUGCUUUCAGCUCAUUGCUCUUUCAUUUGAAUUAAGAUGACCAUUAAAAUUCUGUUAGAAUUUGCAGAAUGAGAACAGAAUACCAAAGAAAUGGACAAAGCAGGAUAUUGAGCAUUGAAUGAACUUAAAGGUGAACUUUUUUUGCUCAGCGUGAAAAUGAGUUCAGAAGCUUGUCACAUAAUUUUCUUCUUUUUUUCCUUCUCUAAUUAGUAGAAUUGCAAUGUGUCUAAUUUACAUCAAGCAAUUUUUGUAUGUAACACAGCUGCUUACAGAAUGGCUUUUUCAUUACUUCACUGUCACCUGUCAUGACUUUAUCGGCCAGUUUUGGUCAGUAGAAGGUAUUAACUUUGACUUGAAAGAAGAUUUUUUCGUAGUUGUAAAGAUUAUAUGAUACAGCAAGGCCUGUGUUUUGAGGUCUAGUUAUAACUCAGAAGAUGCUGAUAUUCGCACACCAUCUGUUGUUUUCCCAUAGAAUUAGAUUAGAAUACUUCAAUAAUACAAGAAUAUAGAAAGUUGCAAUGGAAAUUGGUGGCAUUUUUCUAAAUAGUAUUGCUGGGUGCUGUAGAAGCUUUUUAGCUAUAAAAAGGAGCUACUUAAAGCCGAAGAGUCAUCUGUAACACUAAAAUAAAUCCCUCUCUGUAUAUUUUGAGGUGUUUUUAAAAUAUGAAAUGAAAUAAGAGACAUGGUCUUGUCCAAGUAAUUAAAGCUUUUCUUUCAAAGCCUUUCAGUUUUUCAGCAUGGAAGUUCACUUUUAAGAAAUGUAUUAAGCAGCUUGGUUUACAAAGUAAGAUAUAUUUUUAUCUCAGUUGUUGCCUUAUUCUCCAUUUCUAGCAUGUUAGAAAAGGAAAAUUAAUAUAUCUUUCCAAAGCCUGUUUGUUAAAUAAUUUAAUACCUUUUUUCUGAUUAUUCUUAGGAAGCGAGAAGAUAGUUCCCAAAACCAAUAACAGUAACUGUAUAUUCAGAUCACUCUUGCAUCAUUAGCAGAAUAAAAUCCUCUGUGACUUUAUAGAAUGAAAUUAAUAUUUUUUCUUAUAUUCAUAAGAUAUUGAAUAAUUUCUUAAAACUUGCGUAAUUUAAGUGCACUAUUUAUUUUCAAGAAUUCUUUUCAGAUAAUAAUUCUGAUGUUGCUCUAUUGGAUGUAAAUAACUCAUUAAUUUGUGCCUGCCCUACACAAACAGGUUAUUAAGGGUGAGAGUUGCCAUAACCAAUAUACUGGAAGCCCAGAAUUGUUAGUCCUCUGUUCAAUUCUCAAUUUGCACAGCGUUGCACGAAAAUGAGAGUGCACUUUUAAGUUUAGGGAAUAAAAGAUCUUCAAGAGAUUUUCUCUUACUGUUAUUGGAAGAUUAUUUUCAAGUUCUUGAAAAUAUGUAGAUACAUAUUUUGAAGAAAGCUUUCUCAAUGUGUUGUUAUGUUACUUGUUUAGGGGCCUUAGUUCUUGACGCUGACUUUAUAGUGAUUAGAAGUUUCAGAGUAAAGAAAUUAAACCACAUUUUUAUCAACAUAUGCUUAUGAGAUCUCUAUUUUAAAGGUAUGUGAAGUCUUUGGUAGAAGAGAAAAUAAGUAAAUUAAUUGCAAAGCAGGAGCAUUCAGUGACUAGGACGCAUUUGUGUUCCACUGGUGUCAGCUGAGUAUUUCAGUUGUGAUGGAUACAAGGUCAGGUCUCCUAGAUUGCUGUGUUUGUGCCUAGAGUGUUUAGAGGAUCUGUAUUUCUUCAAUGUCCAUAUACUGUUUUCUAUAAUUUCAACUUGUGGUAUAAUGUAUCAAAAUUUAUGUUUACAAAAAAUGUCAUACUGUGCCUAACAGAAUAUUUACCAACAAUAGAAUAAAGGAAACCUGAAAUUUAUGACCAUUUACUUUAAUCUUAAAAUCUACAAUCAUUUGUUAAUAGAAAUGCAUACUGUCGUAACCAGAGAAGACACACAGCAUUAAAUAUACAAUGCUGUAAGGGUUUUCUAUAAUUAACUUUUUUUAUAUUAAGAUGUUAUUUAGGUAGUUACAUGUAACAUAAAAAGUUGACCCAAAGUUGUCUGCUGUGUCAGAUGCUCCUGCAUAAUAUUUAUGGGACUGGAUAUAUAAGAUUUCCUUCAUCAGGUCCACAUACGUUGUCUGCCAUGUCUUCCAAAUUCAACAGGUACCUCUUACUUCCCUUGGAAGAAAGUAUUACUAUUAGAAGUCACAUUUACCAUCGUGUCUGUGUCAGAAGUUGAAUAUUGUACUUGAGCACAUUGCUUUUUAAGGAUAGCAAGAAGUUUCCUAAUAGAAUAACAAUGCUUAUUUGUGUAGAUAUAGACUUUUCUGGAAAAUGUGAUAUAGAUAUAUAAGUAACAUUUAUAUAUCUAUACAAAGGCCACCAUUUCUGUAAAGUUUCAAAUUGUCAAUGCUUUAAGAUUUACAUAAAAAAUUUCAUUUUAUGAAAAAACUCCACAACUUACAUUUAACAAUUUUACAUCUCAGGUAAAAUGUCAUUCCAAACAAAAUAUUACAUAUGAAAGGAAAUGAUGUUACCAUUAUUACAUCCCUUGUUUUUUUUCAAAAUUAAAGAUUCUGAAUAGUAUAAAAUUUCUUUGUAAUCUGUAUUUUCUUAUGAAGGAGGCAUCUUGACACAUCACUAAUGAAACUAGGCAGUAAUUUCCUAGAACUCAAGUGAAAUCACAGUGUCUAAAAUGAAUGUUAAAGAGUUUGUGUAAUAAAAAUUUAAACAAGAGUGUACAAUAUGAAAAGAUUUAUGACUACAGUAUUUGAAAAAUGUAAAUAAUAAAUUAGUUAACUAUGUAAAUACAGUCCAUGGAGUAGGAUAGAAAUGUAAGUUGAAAUCUCAUGUAAUUCUGUAAUAUGUUAUAAGAAAUUAGUUUCAUUAUUUUUUGGCUCAGUUCCUUAUGGAAAGGCCCAUGAAUUUAUUUCUGACUUCAGAGCUACAGACAGAGGUAGCUGAAGUUCCCUUGUAUGCUUCUGACAAAUAUUAACACUGAGGCACUGGUUAAAACUGUAAAAGUGGUGAAAGAUGAGGAAAUAAAUGC